AUGAGUGAACCAGAACCAAAGUCAUCAAGCCCGACGGUGCAACUGUCACAAUGGGUUUCAAAGCUGAACCUGGAUGACAUCCCGGACCGAGUGCGUACUCGAGCAAAAUACCUAAUUCUCGAUGGGCUGGCGUGCGCAUUCGUCGGAUCUCAUCUACCUUGGUCUGAGACGGCAGCGCAGGCGAUCCUCAACCUGGAGCCAACACAGGGAGACGCCUCGCUCAUCGGGUGGGGAGGACGCAAAGUUACCGCUCUCACUGCCGCGCUUCUAAAUGGAACCUUUAUCCAGGGUUUCGAGCUGGACGACUGGCACAGCGAGGCUCCCCUUCAUUCGAACAGCAUCAUUCUGCCAGCUCUGCUUGCCGCUGCAGAACAAGCCAAUGCACAAGCUUCCCGCUUCACAACCUCCGGACAAGACUUGCUUCUCGCGACUAUUGCAGGCUACGAGACAGGGCCACGUGUAGGCCGUUCUCUCUGGGGUACACAUGUUCUCUCAUCAGGCUGGCAUUCUGGAGCAGUCUUCGGACCUGCUGCUGCCGCCGCCAGCGUCAGCAAGCUUUACGGGCUCGAUGCGGAGACGAUCGAGGAUGCUUUUGGGAUAGCAUGUACCCAGUCAUGUGGUCUCAUGUCUGCCCAGUUCGAGAGCGACGUAAAGCGCAUGCACCAUGGGUUUGCAGCACGGAACGGUCUUCUGGCUGCUGUCUUGGCACAAGGCGGCUAUGUUGGUAUCAAGAAAGUCUUUGAGCGCGAGUACGGAGGCUUCUUGAAACAAUUCAGUUCUGGAAAUGGAAAGCAACCUCAAUACCGACUGGAGGAGUUGACGAGCGAGCUGGGAACCAAGUGGCAGACCGAAGGCAUAAGGAUCAAGCCGUACGCAGCGAUGGCAGGCACACAUCCUAGCAUUGACUGUAUCCGCCAUCUCCAGGAGCAACAUCCCGAUAGGCUGAAGAGGUUCGACGAGAUAAAGAAGAUCGACAUCCUUCUUGGCGAAGCUGCUUUCCAUCACGGAGGCUGGAAAGCCGUUAAACCUCUUACAGCAACGGGAGCUCAGAUGAGCAACUCGUUCACGGCUGCCACACAAAUUGUUCAUGGACAAGUUUUGAUGCCACAGUUUACCCCUGAAAUGCUCGUUGAUAAGGAUGUUUGGAGACUUGUCGAUCUCACCGAGUGUAAGCUCCAUAUUACUGAUGGCGACUCAAUCGGCUGUCAAGAAGUGAGGAUUAUGUUUGAAGACGGGACGGUCCUACAUCACGGUGUGCCGAAUGCAUUCGGCGUGGAUCCACCCCUGUCUAAUGAAGAUAUAGUGGACAAAUGGAGGCAACUAACCAAAGGCAUUGUUGAGAAUGAAGUUGUAGCAAAGAUUGAGGAGAUAGUGUUGUCUUUGGAGGAGCAGGAUGAUCUUGUAAUGCUUUUUGAGCUCAUCCGUGAAACAUCGAAGAAUCCGCUGGCCAGAUAG